CUUCUUGUUUGAGACAUGGGUGUGCAGAGAUUUGCUUUUGGGGGAUAAAACCCACAGUUUGGGAGUGGAGAGGGAUAUUACAGAGCAGGAUGGCCUGGAGUAAGGUACCUCUGCUCUUGCAUGGAUUUCUCCUGCUGGUUCUGUGUAAACCCUCCCUUCAAGGAGGAAUUUAUAUACCAGCUGGUGCAGGGGGAGGAACUGGAGCUGGUUUAGGGGCUGGUCUUGGAACUGGAGCUGGACUUGGUGCUGGAACAGGUCCUGGAGGAGUUGGAACAGGAUUAGGUCCAGGUGGUCUUGGAAUAGGGCCAGGAACUGGAAUCAGACCUGGAACUGGAGUUGGAGGAAUACCUGGUUUCAAACCAGGAAAGACCGGAGUCUUUGGAGGCGGCGGUGCUUGGGGGCAAGGUGCUGGACUGGGUGCUGGAGGCCUUGGGGGAGUUGGGCCCGGUGCUGGAGGUCUAGGGGGAGUUGGGCCUGGUGGUGCAGGGCUUGGUACAGGAGGACUUGGUACUGGUGGAUUAGGCACCGGAGGCCUUGGGACAGGGUCAUUCGUCAAGCCACCUAAAACAGGAGGAUAUGGAGGUCUAUCAGGAAUUGGACCAGGUGGUACAGGUGUUGGUCCUGGAUCACUUGCACCUGGAGGAGUUGGUCCUUCUGGCAUUGGUCCAGGAGGUAUAGGACCUGGUGGCAUUGGACCUGGUGGCAUUGUACCUGGUUCCAUAGGAACUGGACCAGGAAGUGUCCGACCUGGAGGAAUUGGUACUGGUGUUGGAACUGGAGGCCUUGGAGCAGGUGCUGGUGGCAAACCCCCUAAACCAGGUUAUGGGGGUAUUCCAGGCACUCUCGGAACUGGAGGUCUUGGUGGCCUUGGAUUCAGGCCAGGAGGUGCUGGCCUUGGAGGUGUAGUACCAGGUGGCUUUGGUGUUGGUCCUGGAGCUAGUGGCGUCGGCACAGGAAUACCUGGACAAGGUGUGGGCACUGUUGUGGGAGGGUUUGGCCCUGGUGGAGCUGGUCCAAUAGGUGCUGGAAGAGGUGUGGGAGGAAAACCACCCAAAACAGGUUACGGAGGUCUUGGUGGUUAUGGCCCAGGAGGUGUCAGCACUGGAGGUAUUGGAACUGGUGCCAUUGUCCCUGGUGGCGUUGGACCAGGUGGCAUUUUCCCUGGUGGUGUUGGACCAGGUGGCGUCAGGCCAGGUGGCAUUGUCCCUGGUGGUGUUGGACCAGGUGGCAUUGUCCCUGGUGGUGUUGGGCCAGGUGUCUGGAGUCCUGGAGCAGGCAGAAAACCUGGGAAACCAGGUUAUGGUGGGCCUGGGGGUUUUGGCGGCAGACCAUUUGGAACAGGAAGUCUUGGAGCAGGUGCUAUUCCACUUACACCUGGAGGUGCUGGAACAGGCUAUCCAUCAGCUGGUAGCUAUAGUGGAUAUGGUACUUAUCCUGGAGCUGGAACAACUGGUCAGAAACCACCAAAACCAGGAUUUAGACCCGGAGGUGUAGGAAUUGGUCCAGGUGGCACAGGACUUAGACCUGGGGGUGCGGGAGUUCUGCCUGGAGGUGUAGGAAUUAGACCGGGUGGCACAGGAAUUGGACCAGGUGGUGCAGGAAUUGGUCCAGGUGGCACAGGAAUUGGUCCAGGUGGAGCUGGAGUUGGGCCUGGAGGUGUAGGAAUUGGACAUGGUGGCACUGGAACAGGAAUUGGAGGAGCAGGAGUUCCACCUGGUGGAGCACCUUUUCUACCUCAAACUGGCUUGCCAGGAACUGGGAUAGGUGCUGGGGGCAAAGUUGGAAAGAUUGGGAAGGCACCAGUGCCAGGUGUUGGGAUUCCUGGGCUAUACCAAGGGGGUAUAGUUCCUGGACAAGGUUUUGGAGGUAGAGGCAUUCUGCCAGGUGUACCCACAGGAUCUCAAACUGGGCAGCUUGGUCAAGGUGCACUUGGAGCUAAUGGAGGUCGUGGAGGAUUUGGUCAACAAAUACCAGGCGUGUUCCGUGGAUAUCCUCUUAUAUCACCAAAGUCUGGAGGUACAAGCGCUGCUAAGUCUCAGGCUAAAGCUGCCAAGUACGGUCUCGGUGGUGGGCUUGGAGGUAUACCUGGUGCAGGUGGUGUUCCAGGUGCAGGUGGCAUUCCAGGCAUAGGUGGUGUUCCAGGCAUAGGUGGUGUUCCAGGUGCAGGUGGUGUUCCAGGCAUAGGUGGUGUUCCAGGUGCAGGUGGUGUUCCAGGCAUAGGCGGUGUUCCAGGUACAGGUGGUGUUGUCAUUCCUGGAGCUAGCGGGGGAAUUCUUGGUGUCCUAUAUCCGGGAGCUGGUGGUUCCUAUCCUGGGGGAACUGGGGCAAAAGCUCGGAAGUAUGCUUCCGGGAUAGGAACUGGUGGAGUUCCUGUUUCUGGUUUGGGAGUGGGUGGUCUUGGAGCUGGAGGACUUCCUGGUUCUGGUUUGGGAGCGGGUGGCCUUGGAGCUGGAGUACUUCCUGGUUCUGGUUUGGGCAUGGGUGGCCUUGGAGCUGGAGGACUUCCUGGUUCUGGU